AUUAUUAGACGUAAGCAGCAGGGGAUCGAUUCACGAGGAAAUGGGCGUGGUUACGCGAUGACGUAGUGUUUUUGUGUCAAAAAACCGAGCAGCAAACGGCCGAGACCACAAGCUGUCAACGCCUCAAUUUGUACUCCACAAACGUGUCACCCCUGCAUGGGUGCCAUGGUCCUCAGUUACACAUGAGCUCUACUAUGUGGUACAUCAUGCAAAGCAUUCAAAGUAAAUACUCCUUGUCUGAACGGCUCAUCCGCACCAUCGCAGCCAUCCGCUCGUUUCCGCACGACAACGUGGAGGAUCUCAUCCGUAAGGGUGCUGAUGUAAACCGGAUGCAUGGCACACUUAAGCCCUUACACUGUGCCUGCAUGGUUGCUGAUGCUGACUGUGUGGAACUGUUGUUGGAGAAAGGAGCAGAGGUAAAUGCGUUGGACGGCUAUAACCGCACGGCACUCCACUACGCAGCAGAAAAAGAUGAGAGCUGUGUGGAGCUGCUGUUAGAGUACGGGGCUCAACCCGACGCACUGGACGGCAACAAGGACACUCCACUUCACUGGGCCGCCUUCAAAGAUAACCCGGAGUGUGUAAGAGCGCUGCUCGACAGCGGGGCUUGCCCCAAUGCCAGGGACUACAACAACGACACGCCAUUGAGCUGGGCCGCCAUGAAAGGCAACCUGGAAAGUGUCAAAGUGCUAUUGGACUACGGCGCCCAGGUACAUGUGACCAACCUUAAGGGUCAGACGCCCAUUUCCCGACUGGUGGCCCUCUUGGCCCGGGGCCUGGGCACUGAACAAGAAGAGGAGUGUCUGGAAUUGCUGUGCAGGGCGGCAGGCCGCUUCGAGAUCCGACGAGCCGACGGUACACUUCCGAGGGAGUUGAGUAAGGAUCCCCAGCUGCUGGCGAGGCUCACCAAAAUGGUAGCUCAGGCGCCCACGCUUCGCUCUCUGGCGCGCUGUGCUGUGCGACAGAGUCUGGGGGUGCAGUUCCUUCCCAAUGCUGUGAAGGAGCUUCCUUUACCAGAGACCAUCAAGGAAUAUCUUCUUCUGAGAGACUGAGCCCUGGCUAAUUAAUCUUUUUACAUUUACAAUUCUAACACUACUCCUUCAUCGCAUCAUGGUAUUGGAUGACACUGUCCAGGAUAUCUUUCAAUUCAAAAUGUCCCAAAUUUGGACUGGUGCGUUUGCUCAGGUAGAAUCACAUGAGAACUCACGCACCAGGACACAUACAUGAUAUUAUUGCUUAAAUUCCAUGCACUUAUCAAACGCUAAACACUUGAAACACCUGUCAUAGUCGCUCUCAAUGCACUCAGCGAACACAUGCAUUAAGAGCAUGUAUAUUUGUUACUGUGCACAAGUCUUGAUUGUGCCAUAUUGAAAUACGCUUUUAACUGAGUGCUUGUGGAUGUCUGAAAGAAAGAAUCCAGCGAUCAACUGUCUUUUGCACUAUGAGGUUAAAUAAAACCAUGAAAUAGGGAACAGCUUGUUAUUUUCAAGCAUCAAUUGUUGUGUUUGAUGUCUGAUGACAUGAUAACUUGCCUGCUGUUCUGCAUUUGUUACCCUGGACAUUACUUUAAGCAAGGGUGCUGUUGUCACAGACGAAUUAUUGGGUUUAUUCCCCAUCAGUCACUCUAUUCAUUACUUCCAAAUGAAUUAAUCUAAAUACAAACAUUGGUUAAGUAACAUUUUAUAUCUCUAAGCUUUGUACUAUGUAUAUAAGUGUGUUUGUGUUAAACAUUGUGUUGUUGUGCUGCAAAUGUACAAACUAAUCAAUCCUGUUUAUGUUUUCAAAAUAUUUUUUUUUGUUUGUUGUCGCUUCAAUGAAAGUAAAGGCCUUGGUAAUCUA